GGGGUUUAUCUUGUGUUGUGGAAAUUGGCAGUGAUGGUGGCCUGGAAGGGGCUGAUGGUGGGUCGUGCUGUCGCCUGCUGUUCUGAUGCCCACUUCACAAAUGGAACCAAAUUUCUCAACGCAUCAAAAUCAGAAACCAGGAUCAUUAACUAAAACUGUUCAGACACUAAAGACCAUUGCAGAUCAGUUCUCUAGGGUUAGUUCCUGUGAGCAUUCAUUAGACAGGGCUCCAUUGGGGCUUACUCUAGAGGAUCUAGAACAGCCAAGUUGUUCCAAUCCAAUACUGAAUAUGUCAAAUACCAGGAAUAAGAUCCAUGCAUCCACUGGAGGAGACUCUUUAAGGAGAAUCAGAGAUCAGACCUUCUCCUCUCAAGCUGUGUCCUUCAUUAACACUGAAGAAGAAAACAGCCAGUUAAGGUUGAAAUUGAAUACUCUCAGGGAGCAAAAUGCUUCCUUGUCAUCCAAGAACCACUCUCUAACAGAGAAACUAGAGUCGGUGCAAGUAAAGCUGUUCAAGUCAAAAUCACAAGUACACUUUUUUGAGACUUCCCUCGGAACCUUCAAAUCUCGAAUAGUUCAACUUGAGGAGCACAUUGUGAGUUUGGAAGCCAAAGCCGAGGCUCAUGAGAAAGCAUUAAGAAAAACAGAAGAUCAGCUACAACAAAACCAUCAUACGCUGUCUGAAAAAGAGAGUAUUUUGCACAGUUUCAGAGAAGAGCUAAAGAAGGUGAAGGUGGAGCUUUAUGAAUCAAACAAGCAGUGUAAAAGAGCUGAAACCCAGAGGAAUGCUGCACUGCUUAAUGCCGAAGAAUUAACAAGAGCUUUUCAACAGUACAAAGCAAAUGUAGCUAAGAAACUGGAAAAGGUUAAAGACGAAGAAGAGUUGCUCAACAAAAACUUUACAAACUGUGAACAACAGAGGAAAAGUCUGCAGGAAAGAUGUGGAACGCUGGAGAAAGAUCUAGAGAGCACGAAGGAGCACUUAAGGGUCUUACAGUUAGAAAAGGGUAUUGGACAAGGACGACCGGCUUGUGGACAAACAAACAACACAGAACUUAUUUCUCUGCUGACUCAUUCCAACCAAAGAAUUCUCAGGCUAGAAAACGAGCUUGAAAUGAAAGAAAAACUUAUAAAGGAACAAAUUGGUUUCCUGCAAGAAAACAAAGAAUUGAAGGAUCGUCUUGCUCAACAAUCCAGACGGAAUGAAAUGAAAAUUUCUGGAUCUGAGAUUGGUAGCACGGAAUGUGUUCCACGGUUACUGACUACAUCUAAGCACCCAGUUGAAGAAAUCCCUGAGCCUGGUGCUAACAAACAUCUCAUUGCAGACUUAAGGGCUCAGUUAUUGGUGAAAGAAUCCGAAAAUCGAGAACUUCAGGACAGACUUCUCAGUUGUGAUGCCUGCAAAGAAAGAGGUGGUUUGCAACUAUUGGAUGCAGAGCCAGUGAGAUUAGCCUCCCAGCAAUCAGAUGAGGAAAAAUACGUGCAGUUAGAGGCUGUUUGCAAGCAGCUUCAGACUGAGAAGGAGAGGCUCGCUCUUCAUGUGAAAGAGCUGCAGGAGAAGCUCAGUAAAGCCCAGUGUGAUUCGACCAAUGCCAGGCAUGAAAUGACCCAAAGAACCAAUCAGUUCCAACUCAUCCAAAAGGAGUUAAUGGAAAAAGCUUCGAAAGCAUCCAGCUUACAACAAGAAGUCGCAAGGAAAUGUUCAAAGAUCUCUGCUAUUCAGAAGCUUUUAGAAGAAAAGUCGAUGGCAUACUCUACUGUUGCUUCCAGAAAGGCUGAACUAGAACACGAACUUAUGAAUUAUAAAGAACAAAUUUUUCAUUUAGAAGAAAAUAUCAGUAAAGAGCAUGAAGAAGUCCGGUUGGCAUUUGAACAGUCCAAACACAUUCACGCUGAUCAACAGAAGGAACUGCAGAAUAACAUUGAGCAUCUCCAAUGUCAGCUCAAUAUGAAGACUCUUCAGAUAGCAGAACAAGAUCGUACUAUAAAGGCCUUACAGCAAGAUAGUAUGUCAAAACAGCAAGAGAUCAAAUCUCUGGAUCACACCCUUACAGAAAUCAGAAGGGAAUUGGAUCUUCAGACAAAGAGCACAAAUGAUGUAGUGAAAAUACUAGAAGACCAAAUAGAAGAUGAAACUGAUAAGGUUAGGCAUCUAGAGUCUGCCUUAGCUCUGUGUAAGGAAGAAUUGGUUUUAUAUUUGCAACAAUUAGAAGAAAACAGAGAGAGUUUUGCAAAUCAAAUCAAGAAGAAGUCUGAAGAGCUGCAUCAUUUGCAGAUGGAAAUCAAGCACAGGACUCAGAGCCUCCAGGAAAUCAAUGAGGAAAAUGUGCGUUUACAGCAAACUCUUCAGCAGCAGCAGCAGAUGUUGCAGCAGGGAACGGAGAGAAUCGGAGAUCUGGAGGACACACAAGCAGAGUUAGAGAAACAGGUGUGCAAAUUGGAACUUCAGAUUGAGAAGCAGAGGUGCACUUCAGAAGAAGAGCUGAGAAAGACAGAGGAGAGUUUCCUGUUGGCUACUAAGGAGCUAGACCUAACAAAACUUCAAGUUCUCGAGCUAAACAGUGCUAUAGAGAAGAUGCAGCUUGAAAGAGAUCUUUCUAAUGAAAAGAUGGUACAGCUGGAGGAAGAGCUCGCAUUUCUGAGAUGUCAAGAAGAAGCCAAGUCAAACAAGCUGAAUGAAAUGGAAAUUACUCUUCGGAAAACACAAGCAGAGCUGGAUGACAAAAGGGCUCAGUUGGCCGUUUCUGAAGAGACCAUGAGCGCCAUGGAGAAACGACUAAGGAGGAAAGAUGAGAUGGAUUCUGAGUUGCAGGAUGUGAAGGAGGAAUUGGAAAACAAUAUCAAACAUAUUCAGAAACUGGAAGAAACAUUGACAAAAACACACAUAUCAUUGGAAGAGAAGCAAUCCGUUGUGCAAACUCUUACAGAAGAACUUAGAACGUGUAGAAGUGAACUUGAGGACCGAGAACAUGAAAUACUUGACAUGAAUCAGGCUCUAAAUGACAGAAAUUGGGAGCUUAAGCAGAGAGCUGCACAGCUAAACCAGUUGGACAUGAGCAUUCGGGAACAUAAAGGAGAAAUGGAACAAAAGAUUAUUCGAUUGGAAAGUGACCUAGAGAAAUCAAGGAUAGAAACAGAGGAUCUUCUUAAGCAGAUUUCCUGUCUAGAUGAAAGAAAUCAACAGUCAAGAAAUGAACUUUGUGAAAAAGAUUUUGAGUUACUCCAGAAAGAUCAAACUAUAAAUCAACUUAAAAAGGAGAUUGAGAAACAUCGCCUAACCAUUGAUGAUAUAGAAAGGACGGUGAAAGCUCAGGAGUUCCUAGUAUCGGAACAUCACCAGGAAAACCUGGAUCUGAACCAGCAAGUAAGGCUGGCACGAGAGAGGAUGCAGAUCACUCACCUGGAGCUAGUCAAUUCCCGGCAGCAGCUGGCUGAGGCUCAGAAAGAAUCAGACCAUCUUUGCCAGAAGCUGGAAGCCAUGGAUCAGGUUUCCAGAGAAAAGCUACAUCAGAUGAAGCAGGAACUGGAAGAAUCACAAGACACAAUCUGCAACAUAAAGACAGAGCUUGAAGCCAGGAACGAGGUGAUCAAGGCCACCAAUGAAGUACUCAUUAUGAAGGAGUCGGAGGUUACACGAUUAAAAGCCCGCAUUUCAGCAUAUACAAGAACAUUGGGUGUCAAAACCCAGAAUUCAUCCAUUCCCACUUCCGAAUUGUUUAAUGAAUACAAUCCACUGGAAUCCUAUAAAUAUAACGAGACCCAGAAGAUGUGCAGAUCUAUAAGUGCAAGUGAUAUAAGCCUGACAGAUCUUAAUGCCCUUGAUCUACCUGAGACAAUGCUUGAAGAUAUAAAGAGCAUUUCUCCUUCUGACAUAACCAUGAAUAACACUGGUGGGAUCCAUCAUGUGUCCUCACACAGUAUCAAUGACUCCUCAUUCAACCCUCUUGAGUACACAGUGGAUGAUAAAUGUGAAACGGCCUCCGACUGCACAGAUCUUGGUACGCUCAGCGGGAUGCUUAAGUACAUAAAGAAGGAAAUGAAAAGAUCAUCUGUCUCUCCUGACCAUAGUCCUACCAAGAAUAUGUGGAUCGAUGAUGGGUGCCAAGGAAAGCAGGAGGACUGUGAGAGUGAAAGAACCAUGUUUUCAGAUGUGCAUAUAUUGAAUAAUAAACCGGAAAACCCUGAAUAAAAUUGGAAUGCUACGAAUAUAGUAUACAGGGUUCCAACUUUAAUAAACUGUUAAACACAUCAUUUUGAUGAAAACAAUGCAUUUCUUUACAUAUAGUGUGCAAGUCUACCAACUCAUUCCAAGGUACCUACAUCACCAUAUACCAUGUUUACAUAACCGAGUCCAUGGUAGCUUGAGAGGGUUACUGUCAGAGAUAUUGGCUUGCUAUUCUGUUAAACGUAAUGUGUGAAUACAGAUUAGCUCCAUCACAUCUGGUUUCUGUAAAUUGUAAGCUGGGUCCCUUGUGACCGAACAAUCAAUACGAGCUUAUUCCGGUAGCUUUCGAAAAGGGCCCAGUGGAGUCAUCCUCGUUAUAUAAUUCAGCUGGAUAAUACUGUUCAUUCACCCUAAGAAGAAGUAAUCCGUUUCAUAGCUCCAGUUAGACCUGUAAAUGUGAGAAUGAGGCACGCUAUAUUAAUCACGAAAGGAAAUCAUUGAAAAGGAUGAUUGCACUGUCCUACUGAGAUAACAGUAUGUUUUGAUGACUUAUAGAACGGAUUUGCAAGCUCCACAUUUAAUACUAUGAUUUUAUUUAUUAUGUGUGAAUAUACUGUGCAGAGUUAAACACUGGGAAAAUUGGGGUUUGCUGACAUUCUGUUAGAUUUAAGGACGAUGGCUCAUGCUUGCAUAGGUUAAAGGUUUAAAAGACCAUUCUUUACCUACAUAGCCAGGGAUAUUAACUAAACCAAGACAUUUCAGGAAUUGACCUGAUCAAUGCAAUUUUAGGCCAAAAUAGCCAAUUUG